AAGAAAGUAUAGUAAAUUCUUGGGCAUUACACGAACAGCGGGGCUAGUACGUAGUUUUUUGAAUGACUGUACCGUGAUUGCCGCGACUAACUGUGACAGUUACUGUAAAGGACCCACAUCAAAUCGUGUGACCUGUGCAUCGGAAGAGUCUGUGAAGUGUUCCUCAUCUUAAACAUUGUACCAUCAGUGAAAAUUAUUCAUCUCAUAAUUCGGGAUGGACGAAGAGCUCAAAAAUAUUGCGGUACAACUGUUCGAAAUUGACGCAUUAAGGUUUGGCAACUUCGAAACACACGCAGCUGGUAUUCUGACACCUGUAUGGUUUGAUCUGCGAGUGAUUAUAUCACAUCCGCAAUUGAUGAAGUCUGUGUCUAGUACUUUGUGGAAGUUUGCUGGAAAAAACAGUAAGGAUGUUUCCAAAAUCUGUGGCGUUCCGUAUACAGCAUUACCAAUCGCGACACUGAUAUCCGUCGAAGCAGACGUCCCGAUGUUGAUGAAACGAAAAGAAGCCAAGGCCUACGGAACGAAAAAGUUAAUCGAAGGCCAAUUCAGCAAAGGUGAUACUUGCAUUAUCAUUGAAGAUGUUGUGGUGACUGGAAUUAGUGUUUUGAGAACUGCCAAGGAUUUAAUAGACGAGGGAUUGAAGGUAGAGGAAACGUUAGUAAUUUUGGACAGAGAACAAGGAGGGCGGAAAAAUCUUGAGGAAAACGGUAUUCAAAUGAAGAGCCUAUUUACCCUCACUGGACUUAUGGAAUGUCUUGUGGAAGCUGGUAAAAUCACACCAAUUAUGGUACAAGACGUCAAAGAUUAUAUGCAGCGGGAUCAAGAAAUGCUGGAUAAUUAUAUAAAAGAAAAAUCGCCGAGACUGAAUAUAUCGUAAUUGAAGACAGAUUUCACGACGACGCAAGACUGUCAUAUGUUUAAUUUAUCUUGCGGUUUGUCCGACGUGAUACAAUGCCAACCCCUUGCGUGUACACUCGUUUUCCAAUUCAUUUGAAUUACAUAUCCGGGUGGCACGAAUUCCGGCUGUAGUGCGUGCGAAGAAUAUUAGGACUAAAACUACUUUUAGUGCCCUACAAUAGUGGAUGGCCAAAAGCAAUACGUGUACAAUUGUGAAAUUGAAAAUACAAAUGAAAAAUUUCAAAAAGCUUUGAAAAUCCUCGUCCUAUUACCAGAUCUUCAAGGCAAGCCGCUUGGCUUAGACCGAACUCAUCCUUUCCUUUUCCAUGUCCGCACGUGCCUUCUACCCCGUCUGAUAUCCGGAAUCUCUACCUCUACCAGCAAGCCGCGGCAAGUUUAGGCGCGAUCGCGGGGGUGGAUCGUCGUUAAUCGCGAAAGAUGGCGCUGAUCGUUGGAUGAAUAGCGAUAAAUAACCGGGAAUUUAGGAUCGGACUCUCAGUCUGAUCGAGUCUACGGUAACGAUAACAUCGCCGCGGAUCAUCUUAGGUAUUCUCAUUUUCCCAUCCUCUCAGUUGAGUCUCUGUUCCUAUCCUCUCCAAUUAAAAACAGCAGGUUCACGCCUUCAGGCCUCUGAAUCUCACGGCAGUUCUCCACGUGCGAGACAAAACC